AUGGCAGGUUUCAACGCUUAUAUUGCUUUUGGUGUUUUGGUGAUUAUGACAAGUGGAGCGGUCACGGCUCGUGAUGUUGAUCCGAUCAAAGCAAACAAUUGCGAAACUAAGAUGACAACGCAUUGUGUUAUCGAGGUUUUCACUAGUAUAUUCAAGACCGGAACCGUUUCUGAUAAUUGUUGUCAUGAACUAAUAGGACUCGGUCAACUUUGUCAUAAUGCAUUGGUGAAGAAAACUCUUGAAAAUCCUCUAUUUAAAAAUAACGAUACAUCAGUAAUCUUAUCAAGGGCAGCUCAAGUAUGGAAUAAGUGUACUUUAGCUGGCGAGGAUGUUUCACCUACUUCUUCUCCUUGA